GAUUUUGAUUUUGAACUUCGCAGAGCGGUUUUUUUUCCCUCCCAUCAAACACCAGUUCUGCUUCCUCAAUCCUCAAGACAGAACACUACACUUCCUUGUUCCCCCAAAUUGUAAAACCCUUACCCUAAAAUCCUAAAUCCCCAGCCGGCAGCCGCCGUUCCUCUGUCCCGCAGGCGACGCGUCAUCAGCCAGGCAUCAGGUGCUCCGACACCGACAGUCCGACGGUCCGACGUCCUUGAAUUUCGCUGAGAAGUUUCGAACCCCCUGGAGACGCCACUGCCUCCCAGUGUAAUUGAGGAUUAAGAAAGCCUUUCGGAAUUCAAUAAUUCAAAUUACAAAUUCCAUCUCUCUUUAAAAUGGGGAAAGAGAUGGACCCCGGCGCCGACUCGGCGACAACAGCAUACGAGUCAACCCAAUCCGGGUCUCGAACUCCGAGACUCUUCAUUAAGGAAAUGGUCAUGAGAAAUUUCAAAUCUUAUGCUGGUGAACAACGUGUUGGCCCUUUUCACAAGAGUUUUUCGGCUGUUGUUGGACCAAAUGGAAGUGGGAAAAGUAAUGUGAUUGAUGCUAUGCUCUUUGUUUUCGGAAAAAGGGCAAAACAGAUGAGAUUGAACAAAGUUUCUGAGCUUAUCCACAACUCCACAAAUCAUCAGAAUUUAGAUAGUGCAGGUGUAUCAGUCCAUUUUCAAGAGAUUAUUGAUCUGGAUGAUGGAGAAUACGAAGUUGUUGAAGGCAGUGAAUUUGUCAUAACAAGGGUUGCAUUUCGAGACAACUCUUCGAAGUAUUACAUUAAUGAUAGAACAAGUAACUUCACUGAAGUUACCACUAAAUUGAAGGCAAAAGGAGUCGACUUGGAUAAUAAUCGAUUUUUGAUCCUUCAGGGCGAGGUUGAACAAAUUUCACUAAUGAAGCCGAAAGCUCAAGGACCUCAUGAUGAAGGGUUUCUUGAAUACUUUGAGGAUAUAAUAGGGACUAAUAAAUAUGUGGAGAAGAUAGAUGAGUCUUCUAAGCAAUUAGAAGCUCUAAAUGAGAAGAGAUCUGGAGUUGUGCAGAUGGUCAAGUUGGCCGAGAAAGAAAGAGACAGCUUAGAGGAUGUGAAGAAUGAGGCAGAAUCUUUUAUGCUGAAGGAACUAUCACUGUUUAAAUGGCAAGAGAGAGCUACAAAACUUGCUGCUGAAGACAACAAUGCUAAAAUGGCUGAGCUGCAAAAUAACUUGUCUAGCUUGGAAGAAAGUUUGAAGUUGAAAAGAGAGGAGAUCCAGGGAAAUAAAUCUACUUUGAAGGAGCUUGAGACUUUGCACAAUAAAUAUCUCAAGAGACAAGAGGAACUUGAUAAUGACCUCAGGAGUUGCAAAGAGGAGUUUAAAGAGUUUGAAAGGCAAGAUGUUCAAUAUCGUGAAGAUUAUAAGCACAUGAAGCAAAAGAUAAAGAAGCUCGAAGAUAAAAUUGAAAAGGAUUCGUCGAAGAUCAAUGACUUUACAAAGGAUUGUGAGAAUGCCACACAAGCAAUUCCAAAACUGGAGGAAGAUAUUCCUAAGCUGCAAAAGCGCUUGGUGGAAGAAGAGAAGGUUUUGGAAGAUAUAAAAGAGAAAUCUAAAGGUGAAACUGAGAUUCAUCGUUCUGAGUUGGCCAAGGUUCGCGCUGAGUUGGAACCUUGGGAGAAUCAAUUGAUGGACCAUAAAGGGAAACUGGAAGUUGCAUCUACAGAGCGGAAGCUUUUAAAUGAUAAGCAUGAAGGUGCACAAAAGGCUUUUGAGGAUGCUCAAAAGCGGCUGGAAGAUAUAAGUGAUCAGAUUAACUCUAAAUCUGCUGCCAUCACAAGCAUUAAAAACGAUUUGGAGAAAAAAGAGUCUGAGGCCUCUAAUGCUCGUAAAGCAGAGCAAGAAUGUGUCAAGGAGCAAGAAUCUUUGAUUCCUCUUGAGCAAGCUGCAAGACAAAAGGUUGCUGAGCUUGUAUCUGUUAUGGAAUCUGAGAGGAGCCAAGGAUCUGUUCUAAAAGAGAUCUUAAGGGCCAAGGAAACAAAUCAGAUCAAGGGAAUACAUGGACGAAUGGGUGAUUUGGGUGCUAUAGAUGCUAAAUAUGAUGUUGCUGUGUCAACAGCAUGCCCUGGACUUGACUAUAUACUUGUUGAGACAGCUGAAGCAGCCCAAAAAUGUGUAGAUUUGCUACGUGAGAAAAACCUUGGUGUUGCGACCUUCAUGAUACUGGAGAAACAAGAGAGACAUGGUGAUCAGUUGAAGAGAAAAGUAAAUACCCCGGAGGGUGUUCCUCGGCUUUUUGACUUGAUUACAGUCAAGAAUGAAAGAUUAAAACUUGCAUUUUUUGAGUUGCUUAAAAACACUGUUGUGGCGAAAGACCUUGAGCAGGCAUCACGCAUAGCAUAUGGUCAGAGCAGAGACUUCAGGAGAGUGGUUACAUUGGAAGGUGCUCUCUUUGAAAAAUCCGGGACUAUGAGUGGAGGGGGGAAUAAACCACGUGGAGGGAAAAUGGGAACAUCUAUUCGUGCUGACACUGUUUCUAAAGAAGCUGUUACUGAUGCUGAAAAGGAACUUUCCAUGUUGGUUGAUAAAUUAAAUGCAAUUCGGAGAAGAAUUGCUGAUUCUAUUCAGAGUUAUCAGUCUUUAGACAAAGCUAUCCAACACUUAGAGAUGAAAUUAGCCAAGAGUCAGAAGGAGAUUGACAGUUUGAAUACUCAAAAUGAUUAUCUUAAGAAUCAACUUGAGUCUCUAAAGUCUGCUGCACAACCAAAGAAGGAAGAGGUAUCCAGGCUUGCUGUGCUCCAAAAUACAAUAAAUGCAGAAGAGAAGGAGAUUGCCAAACUUACACAGGGUUCUAAGAAAUUGAAGGAGAAGGCAUCAGAGCUUCAAAAUAAGGUAGAGAAUGCUGGCGGUGAAAUACUUAAAAACCAAAAGGCAAAGGUCGACAAACUCCAGUCUGAUAUUGACAAACACGGGACAGAGAUAAAUCGCCACAAAGUUCAAAUAGAGACUGGUGAAAAAAUGAUUAAAAAGCUGACUAAAGGGAUAGGGGAUUCAAAGAAAGAACAGGAAUUUCUUCAUCAAGAGAGGGAAAAGAUGCAUUCAACAUUUAAGGCAAUAGAACAGAAGGCAUUCGCUGUGCAAGAGAAUUACAAAAAGACAGAGAAGCUGUUCGGUGAACAUAGAGAAGUUCUGGACAAAGCAAAAUCCGACUAUGAGAGCUUGAAGAGGAAAAUGGAUGAACUGCGGGCAACUGAGGUUGAUGCUGAUUUCAAACUUAAAGACAUGAAGAAACUUCACAAAGAGAUGGAAGUUAAGGAGAGGGGAUACAACAAAAAGCUUGAUGAUUUGCAGAAUGCUAUCAUGAAGCACAUGGAGCAAAUUGCGAAAGACUCUGUAGAUCAAGAAAAGCUAAAGUCAACCCUGGAAGAUGAGACUCUUUCCAUGCCUUGUAACCUUAAAAAGGCCUUAGAGAUGGUAGCUUUGCUGGAAGCACAACUGAAAGAAAUGAAUCCCAAUCUUGAUUCAAUCUCUGAAUAUCGCAAAAAGGUGGCAUCAUACAAUGAACGGGUAGAUGAGCUUAAUGAAGUUACUCAAGAGCGUGAUGACAUUAAGAAACAGUAUGAUGAAUGGAGAAAGAAAAGGUUAGACGAGUUCAUGGCUGGAUUUAAUACCAUAUCUCUGAAGUUGAAGGAAAUGUAUCAGAUGAUUACACUUGGCGGAGAUGCAGAGCUGGAGUUAGUGGAUUCUUUAGAUCCUUUUUCUGAAGGGGUUGUUUUCAGCGUGAGACCACCAAAAAAGAGCUGGAAGAACAUUGCAAAUUUGUCAGGUGGUGAAAAGACUCUCAGCUCUUUAGCGCUUAUUUUUGCUCUUCAUCACUACAAACCUACCCCACUUUAUGUGAUGGAUGAGAUUGAUGCUGCACUUGAUUUCAAGAACGUUUCAAUCGUUGGGCAUUAUGUAAAGGAUCGUACAAAAAAUGCACAGUUUGUAAUCAUAAGCCUCAGAAAUAACAUGUUCGAGUUGGCUGACCGGCUUGUUGGUAUUUAUAAAACUGAUAAUUGCACAAAGAGCAUAACAAUUAACCCUGGUAGUUUUGCGGUCUGUCAAAAGGCUGCUUGAAGAAGGAUUGAGCUGUUCAGAAUUUGGAAUUGCAAAUCAUAAUGUCUUUGUAUAAGGUUAGCUGAUUUAUGAAUGCCGCGGUAUUUAUGGUUACUGAAGGCCUAAUGUAUUAAACGUCAUAUAAACAUGCUUGUAAAUUGUUCUUACACUCACUAAUGAUGAAUUUAUGUUCAUACUAGUUUAGCCUAAUAUUUAUGUAUUUAUUGCUAGGUUUUUGCUGCUUAUGCAACAUUAAUGAUCAUGAUCUGUACCUUUGAUGUUAUUAUUAAUGAACAUUUAAUGAUAGGGUAAUUUAUUUAUUUUU